GUGGUAGGAGCAAUAUGUCACUAGAUUGAUGACGGUAUGGCAGAGGAAAAUAUCUAAGGAAUUUUGGAUUUAUUUACGAUGUCUUGGCAGCUAAUUUUGGCCGGCCUGUUGCUGACGAUACCCAAUUGUUUGACGGGUAUAGGGGCAAGUUUUCAUUCCCGGUCAAAAGAGGUUCCAGAGUAUUUAACUUUACAACAACUCAUAGAUAAAGCUGGUGCAAGUCGUACAAGCAUACAAGAAAUAAAGAAAGAUGUCCUCGAACCCGGAACUAGUGAUACAGACGCGGACCCGGUGAAACAAACAGACAGUCCUAAAGUUAAUCAGACUGACAAGCCUCCUGUUCCUGGUCAGGCACAACCACAAGUACAGCAUCCGGGAGACGGAAAUACCGGACUCGGUAGUCAUGGAACACCAACUAGUGGAGUUCUAUUUAUAGUUAUUGUUGCUGCGUGUAGUGUAGCAGGUUUAGUUGGAUUAAUAAUGGCAGGUGUCUGUUGGUUCAAGCUGAAUCGAAACGCAAAAGCUACCAGUGAUGUAGAAUAUCCAGCCUACGGUGUUUCUGGACCAAACAAAGACCGUGUUCCAUCUCCUGGAGAUCGCAAAUUAGCUCAGAGUGCUCAGAUGUAUCAUUAUCAACAUCAGAAACAACAAAUGAUUGCCAUGGAAAAGGCAAAUGGUGAAAUGAAACACGAUGCAUCUGAAGAUGAAUCAGAAGAAGAGAAUGAAGAAGGAGAUUACACAGUUUAUGAAUGUCCCGGACUCGCCCCAACUGGAGAAAUGGAGGUGAAAAAUCCAUUGUUCAGUGAGGACACACCCGUUGCCCCAGGACCAGAUGAUCACAAAGAUCAAGAUUAAUAACAUGUGCGAUCUCGUCUAAUCUAUGUUUCUAGUCAAUCUUGUCAUAUUUUAACAUUUCCCUUGUCUAGUGCUAGUGUGUUGUCUCCCUUUACUGUGAUUUUAACAUACGUAUAAAAAGUAAUAUAUUAAAAAAAGGAAAAAAAUCAUGAAAAAAAAAAAUAGUGUGUAAUUAUUAACAAUUGCUGUUUUAUAGCAGACUUUAACAACUGAAACUAAUCACCUUGAUUCUCUUUGAUAUGAGAUAUCGAAUAUAUUAUUUAUUUAGGACCUUACAAGAUAAACAUUAUAUAAGUAAUUUUUCAAUCAGUAGACAAUAUAUUAAUUCUGAUUCUUAACCUGAAUAUAAAAUGUAGUUUUUUAAAAAGGAAUUUGUGUAGGUUGAAAAUAGAUAUUGAAAUAAAUUUAGAUAUUUCAGCUCAAUAUUAUUUCGGAUGGUUAUACUGAACAUGAAAUAUAGUUUUUGAAAUAGUAAUUUGUGGAGGUUCAAAAUUGAUAUUAAAAUAAAUUAUAGAUGUUUAAUCUUAUUUUUAAAAGAAAAGAUAUAAAUGAUAUUUAUUGAAUAUAUUUUGAUUAAAGAAAUAUAACAAUGCAAAAAACAAACCACCAUUGCUUUGUAUAUAAGUUAUUGUUCGAUUAAUUAGGUUCUUGAUCAUUUAGAAUUUUAGGAAAACAAAUCUAAGCACAUUUUUGUUACUGCAUGUUAGGACUAGGAUCACCUGUUUGGUUCGUAAGGCAAAAAAAUCUUUGUGUUUCUUAUUCCAUACUGUUAUCGGUACAAACAUGUAAAUAAAUAAAUAUUUCUAUAAAUGUGUAGUUAAAUUUUUCAAUCUGAUUUCUUAAUUUAGAAAUAGAUAAAACAGACAUUAAUAAAGUCUGUAUCUUUUAUCUGAAUUCAUUACCCUUUAAGUCGUGUACAUACCCUAACUAAAUCUUUUUCCCAAAUCUAUUCUCUGCAGGAAUAAGAAACACAAUAUUUUUUUUUGACUAAUCACUUUUGCUCCCGGUUGUUUAAAUUGCUCAAUCUAAUUCAUCCUUUUCAAAAUUAUUGAAUAAAUAAAUUCCUAUUUGCUGAAAUUCAUAUUUUGACACUGACAUUGCAAUAUAAAUUAAUAGAAUUUAAUGCCAAAAUAUAUUCUCAGAUGUUUACCUCUUAAAGACCAUGCUGCAGCUUUGUUUGAAUAAUGUUCUCUCUCCACUUUGUUAAAUUUUAAUUAUUUGUAAGUAAUAUAUAAAGGGUUUUAUUAUGUAAAGUUUUUGUUGAAUAUAAUAGAUAUAUGUUUUAUGGUUAAGUAAUAAUAAGUUAUAAAAUCAGGGCUUUAGUUCAUAAUAUUUUGUUCAUAAUAUACAGUGUGUCCCAAUAAAUUUGAAUAGUAAAUAUGUAUGCUCUCUCAUAACUUCUAGAUAUUUGACAGACAUUAUUGUGAUAUUGGGAUUCGUAUUUAAUCAGCAUAAAUCCAGUCUAUUUGUGAUUAUUGUUUAGAUGGUAUUACUUGAAUGUACCCUGAUACGAGAUAGUGCAUGGGUUUCUCUGAACAUUUAUUAUCAUAAUAAUAAUAAUUUUUCUUAAUAUUGUGCAAUUCUCAUGCACAAACUAAUAAAUAAUUAACUAAAAUAAAGUAUUAAUCAACAUGAAGGUAUCCGGUAUAUUUAUUUAAAUAUCACUGGGAUGGAUUAUGGAUUAACUGUGUUCAUAUACUAUUUAGAUUAUUAAUUGGAUCUCCUUUAUGGUUGUUUUUACAAUAACCAGAUUAAAAGAUUAGUGUUCAUAUCAAUCUGUUGAAGCAUAAUUAUUUCAUCUAAUAUUUAACUUUUCAACAGGAGAUAAGUUCUGUUUAUGUAUUCUUAACAAUUAUUAACUAACAAUAUAUACAUAUAUUCAUAUUAAAUGUCUUUGAAGAGGGGAGUCUGUCUUGGAAGUUAUGUCUUCAAAUCAUGAAAACUAGUAAUCAUUUUUUUCCUAAAUCGAUUACUAUCAAAAGUUUCUUUUGUUUAUGUUGAAAGAAUUCCUUAAAUGAUAAACAUUUUUCUAGAACAGACAUCCUGAAAAAUUGACAUAAAUUAUUGAAAGAAGAUGACAUGAAUCUAGAGGUUGAAAAUAGUUACAGAAAAAAUUAAUCAAAAAUUAAAUUUUGUUUUUUCCUUGUUGCUAUUAAUCAAUUGAUGAUAUUCAGGGAUCAUUUAAAAAAUAUACAGUAUUAGUAAUUUAUUAAAUUAUCUUUCUUGAAAAUUUUCUCUGAAUUAUUUAAGAUCUUGAAACAUCUUUGAAUUUGCAUCCAAUCACAGAUUAUUGUUCAUAGCCAUUAAAAAGGCAGUAUCUUUGAUAUCAGUUAGAUCCUAGAUUUCAAAGUCAUUUCUUGAAAUAAAAAUCUAACUUUUAAAAUAUAUAUCCCUGAAUAUUGUUAAAUUGAUUAUUAGAUUUCUGUAUAAAGUUUAUUUUCUUAAUUAAUUACCAAACCAACUUGGCUGUGAAAGUUAUGUUUACUAGAAACCACAAAUCUCCCCCUGUUUGCUCUUUGAACUUUCUUUAUUUGUGAUAUAUAUGGAUAAGGAAAAAGAAUAAUUUUAUUGCGACAGGAUUAUUUUAUGUGUAAAUUACCCUGUUCAUGUAUUUUAAUUUGUUGUAAAGUGCAAUAAUGAACGGACCAUGCCAAGUUUAAGGUAUGAUGGAAAUAAAUGUAUAUAGUUAUAUAUAUGUAUAGUAUUACCUGUUGGAUAAAUUAUACAAUUCUAAAAAAAAAUAUUGUUCAUAAAUUCCACAAAUCUUUUUUUUGUAAAAUUCAUAUUCUUAUAAAUUUUACUUGUUUUCAGGUCUAAGCUUGAAUCUGUUGUAUAAUAAAUUCCAAUCAGUCUUUAUUUUAAGACAUUUACUCUAUGAAUUUCAAAAAUUUAUCUUUUUUAAAUUCCCCAAUAAUAUCUUUUAUAAAUUCCAAAUUUUUUUAAUUAUCUCUUCCUUAUUAAUUCUAAGCUUUAUUCUUUUGUAUGAUAAAUUCCAAAGUUGCCCAGUUUUAAAAUUGGACAUAAGCUAGGGUUUGAGUCAAAAUGCAAAUUCUGUAUUAUUAGAAAGCCUGGUAAUCAUCAUAUGAUAAAACAGAUAUCAAAUUGUUUGAUUACUGGAUUGCAUUUAAACAAUAAAAUGGCAAGAGCAGUUUUCCUGUUAAUUAUCCAAUGGGUAAUAUACUAUAUGGCCUAUGAAAGGUUGUUGUUAAAGAUGUAAUGGGUUGUCAUGGGAACAGUUUUAUUUUCAUAAAAUAUUAAAUUUGAAAAUUUUGAAACAGUUAACAAUCACAUUCCUGAAGUAAAAACAUAUUAUUAAAAAUGUUUUGAUGUAUCCAUAUUAAUCAUUCCAUAUAUUAUUAUUGUUUGGCUGAAAUCACCAUGGUUAUUGGUUACUAUUAGUUACUGUUGUCAUAGUUAUUAUAUAUAAUAUAUAUAGGUAUAUAUAGUACUUAAUCAUGUAGUUAAAUCUGGUUGUGUGUUUAUAAGUUUUGUUUCAUAUUGCUAGCUUUACCUUUCAAUAUUUUUGUCAAAUGUUAAUAUUUUCUCUACAUUGGGAUUAAUAGGUUUGAUCUCCUUAACUAAUCUAAGCUGUUAGAAAUGGUCUGUUUUUCCAUAAUUUUUACUUUUACAUUUUAACUUAAACAAUUGGAUAUCAUCUUUAAAAAAAAUUACACAAAAAAAAAAUAAAUGAACUCUUGUACUCUGCUAUUCUAUCGAACCUUUUGAAUUUAAUAUUUGGAAAGAAAAGAAAUAAUUAUCUGUUUUUCCUAUUGUCAUGGUUAUUUUUUUCUUAUUUGUUUUGCAUAUUCUCAGUGAGUUAAAAAGGUCACAAUUUGAACUUUGACAUACUACAAGGUUUUGGGUUAAAAUGUGUAGUUAAUAAGCUUGUGAUAUGGCUAAUUGUUAUUACGAUAAUAUUAGAAUCAUGAUUUUCGGUGGAAGUUACUUUAUAACUAUGGCAGAAUGAUUAUGAUUAUGUGGGUGUUGAUGUGAUGGUUUACUGCAUUUGAAAAUAAAUUUGAGGAGUAGAAAUAAAAUAUAUGAUAAAAUAUCCCCUUUUGAUAAAUGGAAUUUUGCUUGAUUCAACAAAUUCUUGAAGGAAAUGGAAUAGUUCAUUUGUCAAAAAAGAGAUGUUUUAUUUACAUUAUUUCUAUACCUGUGUUUAUGCUUAUUUAUAAUUAGUAAUAUAUAAGUUGUAUAUCACUGCCCAAUGAAAACAUGACAAUAUUUGAAUCUCUAUUGUAAAAUUAUUUGAAUCUUAUUUUGAUUUCUCUGUGUUUUCUGUGGCAAUCUGAAAUAAAACUUUAUCCCCAAAUA